AUGUUCCGUAAUGCCCUAGUGACUGGUGCUGCCCGAGGAAUCGGACGUGCAAUUGCUCUUCGUCUUGCCAGAGACGGCUUCAACGUUGCUGUCAACGAUAUUGAAGCAAGCUCUUCUGAUCUCCAGAAAGUGAAACAGGAAAUCGAAGAAAUCGGUCGAAAAUCGAUCACUGUCAUCGCUGAUGUUUCGAUUGAUAAAUCGGUCGAGUCUAUGAUGGAAGAGGUCGCACAAAAGCUCGGUAGUCUAGAUGUUAUGAUCGCUAAUGCGGGAAUAGUCCAGGUGAAACCAAUUCUUGAAAUCACUACAGAAGAUUGGGAUAGAAUGUUUGCUAUCAAUAUGCGUGGUGUUUUUCUUUGCUAUAAAGAGGCUGCUAAAGUUAUGAUUGAGCAAGGUACAGGGGGCAAAAUUAUUGGUGCCUGCAGUAUUGCUGGAUACAAACCAGUUUCAAUGCUGGGUCACUAUUCUGCCAGUAAAUGGGGUGUACGUGGCCUGACACAAGCGGCUGCCAUGGAAUGGGCCAAAUACAAAAUAACAGUCAAUGCUUAUUGUCCAGGUAUGUUUCACACUGCUUUUAAUAUGAACAUAGAAAUUUAA